GCAAGCCGAUGGCGACUGGGGGUCUUCAGAUAAAUAAGCGGAGCUGAGCAGAACCCUCGGUAGCUAAACCCUUCUUCGGCAGGGUCCAGUACGUAGAGUAAUGUCUGCAGGAAAAAAGUUUCCGUCAAAAUCCAGGGAGUCCCUUUUCCGUGUUCCUUCUUCUAGGGUUCUUGUAUUUUUGUUGUCCUCGCGCAGCACUCCUUCGCGACCGUCACUGGAGGAGGAUACCGUGCACAAGACACAAAACCCAGUCCUUUGUGCUCUCCUUUUUGUUCACGCUGUCCCACCUCAAUGUGCAUGCCAUCAGGAUUCAGGCAUUGUGAAUGUUCCUUUCCUCUCCCGACGCGCAUAUGGCAGUGGUCCAAGUCCCAUCGCCGGGCGUCGGACGGCGAGUUGGGGCCGACAUCCGAGUCUAAACCAGCAUACCGCUGCUCCGGCUCCUUUGUGGAAUGCCUGCGUGCCAGAUGCACGGGUAAAAAGAAACGCAAAAGAGACACUUGGACUGUUGGACAUGCUGUUUUUGCGAGUACUACAGCACUGUGGGUACCGGAGAACUUGUGAUCAUUGGCUUCCGUGGGGAGUUGCCUGAUGGAAACCUGCAAAUUUUGACCUGCCCACGCGAGAGAGCGUCUGGAGGCUCGCUUUUACAUAAAGCGGGUCACGUGACCUACCACUGUGGAGUGUAAACGCUCCGAGGUCCUGGAAGACAGACGAAGCCUCUAAAUACAGUACAACGGCGAGGCGGUGGGAAGGU